AAAGGCCAGAGGCGACGAGUGUUAGAGAAGAUACAACAAGUUAGACCGCAACACAAGAUGACACUUUCUUUCCAUCCCGGUACCUCACAGCUCACCCUCCUCUUCUUCACCCUCCUCUGCUCCAUCCCACGGACUGUCUCAUCAUACCCCUUCUCCCCCAGCGCCCUCCUGCCCACGGCGGAUGGACCUGAGCUGGAGUCGGGCCUGAAAGACCCGAGGGACGACUGGCUCGUCCGGCCCGACGCCUGGGCCGAGUGGCCUCAAGACCCCCGGCCAGCCCCGCUGGAGCCUGGGGAGGAGGAGGGCGAUUCCUGGGAAGAGGAGGCGCUGCUCAGGGCCCAGAGAGGAGACCUGAUGGCCCAGCCGCUCUCUCCUUUCCCCGGGGGUCACUCUCUGGAGAGCAUGCACUAUCAGGAGGGAGGAGAGGGGGAGGAAGCAGGGAAGAGGAAUGACGCUCUGACCUCCAUCGCUGGAGGACUCCAAGCUGUGAGCCGGGAGAAAGGAGGAUUCGGUUUCCGCUUUGGGAGGAAAAGAUGGAUGGACGGACGAAGGGACGGGGAGCACAGAGGAGAAUAAGUGGAAAUGAUGAGGGAGGGGUUUCGACGGGAAGGAGUCUGACGGGAGAUAGAGAGGGUGAAGCUGAGAGGAGAUGAGUCAGCGGGUGGCGAUACACUCAGCUGUUUUCUAGGCAGCAAAGAUGGCUUCCAGCAACAGGCAAUACACAGACAUGCAGGAGUAUUUAAAUGAUUUUUAAAAGUGUUGCUUGAAAAGUUGCCCAUUCGAUCACUGCCUUGAAAAUAAGAUGCAGUGCAAUGUGUAGGGCAGGUUGCACUAAAGCUCCAGGAAAAGUUCGAUAGAACAGGAGGACCAAAACAAAACACAGAUAUGAUUUAAUUGCAAAAUCACCAUCAUCUAAACAAAACUAUACAAAAGAAAAUAAGAGUAAUAUACACGGAUAUGGAUUCAACACCGCUACACUGUCUUUGCUUCUGUGACAAAGAAAGCAGUGACUGGAUGUACAGAAAGACAGAAAGAGGACAUGUCCACUCAUCCGAUGUUAAAGCUUCUCUGCAAAAGUGAAUGUAAAUGUUAAUGUAUCUCUGUCAGACACCACCAGUGUAAUAAAUCAUGUACAUAUACUGUAUAUUGGACGUAGGCCUUUGUAAAUGUGUUAAUUUGUUGGCUUGACCAUAAGCAAUGAAUAAAGAGUCGGGAGUUGCAGACUGUAACACGGA